UUUUGGUUAAUACCUGCAGUUGGAAUGAACUCUUGCCUUUUCGUUGGACUUUAUGCAUUCACAUUUUUACUGAAUUACGUAAUUUAUUAUUAUUCAGAAACUUGGGUCAUCUGGUCAGCGAAAUGCUACAAGGUGUGGUCUUUGGUGGGUAGAAAUGUUGAAGACAAGGGAUCAGUUUAAAGAGGCUACUACUGUUUACUUUCGUAUUUCUGGUGAGGAACCCCUACAUUCUGUCAUGCUGGAGCAAGCAUCUUAUUGCUACUUGUUUGUGAAACCACCAAUGUUACGCAAAUAUGGAUUCCAUCUUGUUCUUUCAGGUGAUCUAUAUAAGAAAUGUGAUCAGAUGAAGCAUGCAAUUCGCACAUACAGAGGUGCUUUAACUGUUUUUAAAGGAACUAAAUGGAACCAUAUCAGGGAUCAUGUUCAUUUCCAUAUUGGAAAAUGGUAUGCAUUUCUUGGGAUGUUUGAUGUGGCAAUUAAUCAUAUAUUGGAAGUCCUGGCCUGUGGCCAUCAAUCGAAGACAACACAAGAGUUAUUCCUGAGGGACUUUUUUCAAAUUGUUCAGCUAAUGGCUUCUCUCAACACCGAUGUCACCAUGGUUCCAGUCGGCGGUGACGGCUCAGGCGCCGCCGGACCAUCAUCGUUAGUGUUAGUGGUGUGGAGUUGGUCGAUAACGGUUGCGGAACCAAGAUUAGGUGUGAACUGGGAGAUGAUGUCCCUCCACAAGCUGUCUCCAUUGACGGUGGUGGAUCUCCUCAAAUACAACAACAUCCAGAAAAGUGAAGCUCUUCGAUGCCGACCCUGA